AGGAGAGCGAGAGAGCAGACGCUCCUUCUGCAGGUAAAGAUCUCUCUCUCUCUCUCUCUCUGAAGAUCUCCUCCUGGCAUCAUCUCACAUCAUCUACUGAACUGCAACAUCAAGGUCCAGCAGCUAGUGGUGAGGCUCUCUCUCUCUCUCUCUCUCUCUCUCUCUCUCUCUCUGAAGAUCUCCUCCUGGCAUCAUCUCACAUCAUCUACUGAACUGCAACAUCAAGGUCCAGCAGCUAGUGAUCUCCUCCUGGCAUCAUCUCACAUCAUCUACUGAACUGCAACAUCAAGGUCCAGCAGCUAGUGAUUUCUGCUCUCCAUCAUCACACACCCCUCACACUCCUCACACACACUCCUCACACACACCCUUCACACUCCUCAUACACACUCCUCACACACACCCUUCACACUCCUCACACACUCCUCCACCGUGUAUCAGGAUGAAGCUCCUCGCUCUUGUGCUCCUGCUCGCCGCUUUCUCCUCACCGAUCCUGACGGAGGUUGUGGGUUCUUUCCAACAAUCCUGUCCUAACUUCUUCAUCCGAAACCCAGCAAACCAAAAUCAGAUCAUCGUCCCGACUGUCUUCUCUGGACGUCAGUAUCAGAAGAUUUGUCAGCGCUUGGAAAACAAUUACAGAUUUGCCACCGUGUAUGACACCGUGAGGAGGAUCCCUGUUUACUCGGCCUAUACGUUCAUCAAGUUCGUGAACACUGAACGUUUUGACUGGAAAAUUGAACCUCAGCUUGAAGACAUCCCUGAAUAUAAAGAUAUCAGAUACAUGAUUGACUCCCCGACAGAUCCCGGAGAUAUCUGGAACCAGGCUGUGGACUCAGAUUAUGUCGGUAGUGGUUAUACUCGAGGUCAUGUGUUUCCAAAUAGCUAUGCUGCUGAUCAGGAUCAAGCAAAUUCCACCUUCACUUUAACCAACAUAGCACCACAAACCCAAAACGACAACGGGCAGUGGGAAAGGCAAGUGGAGCAACAGAUGCUUAGACACUUGAGAGAUGAUUGCAGGCUAGACCAAAAUCACCCGGCGUACAUUGUGACCGGGGUCGUUCCUGGGAAUCAGUGGUUACCCAUAACAAGAAAUAAUGACAGUGACCCAAACGGAAUUAACAUUCCCAGUCAUUAUUGGAGCGCUUUCUGUUGCACCAAUAAAAAGAAUAUUAAAGAACGCGAAUCGAAGGCCUACAUUGCUGAGAUGGGGACCUUUUCUGUCCGAGAGCCCUCCCUUGACAAACUGAAUAGCCGACUCACUUCCUUGUAUGGUCAGUCGUUCAGUGUGUUUCCAGGAUUACACUGCUGAAAUCUGUUUUUAAUCUGAUCGCUAGUAUUUUGUUUAGCAGUCAGUUAAAAGCCAAAUUGAUUGCUAAGCUUCUUCUUAACCUGAAAUUCUUUCUUUACAUCGAAAAAAAGCAUAAAAACCGUUUUGCUUAAUGAAUGCUGAUUUUAAAGAAAAGGGAAAAAAUGCUGCAUUAAUCCUGGUACUAUUAAAGAAAAUAAAUAAAUAAAGCUAUGUCUCAUCUGUCUGAUGCAUUUCUCAGUUAAUCAUCCUACAGAUCUUUUAAUAAAACUUCACUGUUUGCUGCAAAA